CACAAUUGACCGAAUCGAGUGGUCAUUCUAGAAUCAUAGCUACGUUCCUUUGAUCCGCCAGAUUGACGUCAAGCUUACAUUGAUCUACAUGUGAAUUAUUCCACCGCCCCGGAUUGAGCAUAUAUAAGCUCUCCGCAAUCUCUAUCUCAAUCGGCUCAAUCAAUCAAAGCUUAUUGUCUCAAACACCGAUACCGGCAAUUCAAUCUUCUACUGACUCAAUUAUAUUCCAGACAAGCCAACAUGCCUCAGUACAGCAACGGCCAGGCUAUCCGCUACAAGCCCGUCGGCGGCCCCAACUCCAACACUUCGGAGAGCGUCGGCACGAUCAAGUCCGUCUUGACCGAGCCCGGCAUGCAGGCAGACCGCAACGUCGAUGCCAGCGAGGAGAACCCCCGCUAUGAGGUCGAGAACCAGAACACGGGCAAGCUGACCAGUAUCUACGAGAAGAACAUCUUGGGCAGUGCGUGAGAUGAUGAUGUCGAUGUAUUACGUGGGAUAUGAGGCUUUACGUCAAUGAUUUAAUGUUACGAUUCGAU